UGGGGAGGCAAGAGUUCUGCUGUGUGAUCCACUCACCCCUUACUCUAACGGGCUCGGUUCCCGCUCCUCACCUAUUUUAUUCUAUUAGCAGUGCUUCCUCGGUCAUUACGGUGGUGUUGGGGAGGACUGUGCGGAUGUCUGGGUGUGGGUGAGGUAGAAUGAUACAAUAAGAAACGAAAAUUUGCCUUGGCUUCACCUCAGGUCGUAUCGACCGGCAGUCUCCUGAAACCUGACUGUCGGGAAAGGAUUUAAGAGAAAACUCAAACCACAUUACAUCAUCUGUUAUUAAGUCAUUGCGACAGUUCUAUCAAUGCCCCGAAGUGGCAAGUCAUAGCAGAAAUACCUUUCGCUGUGAAAGUCAGGUUAUUGUUAGACUAUGGAUUCUAUACGAAACGAUAACUACCAAGGUUACACCAUGGAGCAGCAGCAGCAACAAACUCAAUUUUAUACAGACCCUGCUGAUCAAUCCCAGGGCCCAGGAGCUAUAAAGUCACCACCCAUGAUCCCAGGGGCCCGCCCCUACGUGGACCCUAAUGCCACAGGCGAGGUUGACCCCUCAGCCUACCCUGAACCCAAAGAUGCUACCCAUAAAAUCCGCGGCCGCUCUGAUUUCUUAGACAUGUUCUGUAAUAACGUUAAUCAGGAAUUGCUUAUCGCCAAGACCUUCUAUUUCUUCUUUUUCGCUGCCUUCGGUUGUCUGUUUCCCCUGAUGGCUGUCUAUUUCAAACAGAUGGGGAUGAAUCCUUUACAGACGGGUAUACUCAUCGGCAUCAGACCAUUCGUAGAGUUUAUUGCAGCACCCUUCUGGGGUUCCAUGGCUGACAGGUUCCAUAAGGGCAAGAUGAUGCUGCUGUGUUCGGUGGGAUCAUGGAUCCUCUUCACACUCGCCAUAGGAUUCAUCCAGCCUCCAGCUACUUCCUGCGUCGUCUUCAACGGCACUAAUCACAUUCUCAAGACUCCAUACACUAACGCUGUUAACAAACGAAGUGUGGAACACAGCGCAUACUUCAUCACCACAGAAGAUACAGAUGAACCUUCUGUGAAGAAUAUUGCAGCUGACAUGCCUGGGCCAGAUCUGCCUGUGCUUCCUCACCUGUACCAUAAGAGAUCCCUGAAGCAGGCAUCCCCAGAUGAGCUUGAUGAGCAGUUCUUUCAGCAAAUGAAGGAUUGGCCAAGCAGCAUUACUGAGCCUCACUGGAGAAGAAAGAGAGACACUCCACUACCACCUGAUCAUGUCAUUGGCAAAUCACCAAAUGUUGUCCAUUAUACAGUCAACUUCAAGGAUUUCAAGGGUGCAGAAGAGGAUUGGCUAUCACCUCCCUUAUCCAGCAUUGUAUAUAGGUCUUCAGAUGUCCAGAAGGUCUUCUUCCUGCUGCUUUUGGUCGUCAUCUUAGGGGAAUUCUUCAGUUGCCCAGCUCUCACUCUGGCAGAUUCUGCGGUUUUAUCCUACUUGGGUGAUGAGGCUGAUCACUAUGGUCGACAGCGCAUGUUUGGAUCCCUGGGUUGGGGUCUCUCCAUGUUCUUCGUAGGCAUUGCUCUGGAUCAUUCUACUGCUUUCCCUGGACACCCCUGUGGGCCUCAUGAGAAAGAGAGAAACUACACUAUAUGCUUUGCUGUUUUUAGUGUCCUCAUGGGCUGUGCUCUCAUCACAGCAUCACAGUUUAAGUUUGAUUACUCAGAAGCAAUUACAAGCACUACACCAGAGGAAGCCAAGGAACCUGUGGAUAAUGGGCCACGUCCUUGGAAUGAGCCCAAAAUUCCCUUACAGGAACAGAAAUCCCAAAGACAAAAGCUUGACGAAGCCAUUGGCACAAUUAAGACCAAGAUCUUCGCUCAAACAAUGAAGGAGAUGCCAGAAUGGUUUGUGGUGUUGAGGGAGUUUAAGAAUCUCCGGUGUGGUGCCUUCCUCUUCGUUGCCUGGUGGAUGGGCUUUGGCAUUGGUCUCAUAUUUGCCUUCUUGUUCUGGCAUUUACAGGACUAUGGUGGCACCCCUACAGUAUUUGGUAUUGCUAGCGUCAUGAAUCACAUCUCUGAAAUUUUUGCUUACUUCUUCAGCUUCCGACUCAUUGCUCAGAUUGGACAUGUAAAGGUGCUAUGUAUUGGACUGACAGGCAAUGUACUGCGUUUCCUCUAUAUUUCCUGGAUGAAGGACCCUUGGUGGGUCCUGCCUUUUGAGUUUAUUCAAGGAAUAACCCAUGCUGCAGUGUGGGCUGCCUGCUGCUCAUACAUUGCUCACAACACUUCCCCACACCUUCGUUCAUCAUCACAGGGUGUAUUGCAAGGAAUCCAUCACGGCUUUGGCAGAGGGUGUGGAGCUAUCAUUGGUGGAAUAUUUGUAAAUUUCUUCGGUACCUCUGUUGUGUUCCGAUCAUAUGGAGUGGUGUCUCUUAUUGUCCUUGCUGCAUUUAUAUUCAUCAACUUCUACCGGAAAGAUGUUGGCUUCCAGCCUGACCUGCCACCUGAAGAGGACCCACGUGAAAUGGCUGAAGAGGGAACUGCUCUUGCUCCACACGGAGUUCCAGCUAACCCUCUUCCAAGGGCAUUAAGCUCUCAAAAGCUGAAUGAGGGUGCAAGUGAUGCAGGAUAUGGCACUUACAAUGCAACAAAUGGGAUGCUGGAUAUACCAGGUAGUGGAGGUGGCGGUGCCAAUCCCUUCAUCCAGGGUGGUACUGGUGGCAGCGGUGGUAGCGGAGGGUAUAACUACACCACUCAGCCUCCUCCACCAAUCUUCUCUGAAACUAAUCCCUUCAGAAACUACUUUGCACCAUCCAGUCCUUUCCCUAAUAAGGACUCACCUGUUACAUCACCAGAUCUCAGCCCUGAUUAUGAAAGCAUCAAAAACAGAUUCCAGGCCUACAAUGAUCUUCUGAAUGGAAGAAAUGAGAUAAAGGAUGAUUCAAAAUCUCUGAAGUCUCCACGACAUAUUCAAAAUCCACAGCCAGAGGUCCCACAACCUGUAACGCAUGACCACAAUCCACAGCCACCAUCCACUGCUAAUGACUACAACUGGUAGAUCAGAGUUCCAAACAAGGCCUAAUGAAAAAUUUUCUAGGCUUGCUUGUGAGGGUCCUACAAAAAUUAAGAAAAAAUACUCUUGUCUAUAGCUGAAAUAUUACAGGAUGUAGGUACUCCUGUGUUAAUACCAUCCAUCUUACAGAAAAUGCAGCAUCUGUACUGGAUUUCAUUAUUGUUAAUAUCUAGAGUACACUGGCAUACUAAUAAAAAUAAUGUUAAAUUAUAUACACAUAUUAUAAAUGAAAAAUAUCGAGACCUAUUCUGGAUAAGCAGUCUUCAUAUACAACUGGAUAGCCACAAAUUGUUUAAUUUUAUUUAUUCAGGAUAAAUCUUUAUUUUUAAACAUUAAUUAUCUUGUUCCCCUGUUCAUUUAUGAGAUAAAAAAAUUGUUUAAUAAAAACUUUUUUGGGCAUAGUCUGAUCUGGUUCGCGGAAAAACAAAAGUGCAAGUUGUUAAGAGAAAACUUCAGGAUUUAAAGUAUUUGAUGAUAAUAUCCACUUCAGAACUACAGUAUUAUUUUGGUCCAUCCAUUAUACUGCACUAUCUUUUCAAAUACUGCAUUAUUUGUAUUCACGAAUGGUACAGCAUUUCCAAAUAGUUGUAAGAUAAUGAACCACAAACAUAAACUGUGUCUGAUUUCUGUGCUUUAUUACAUACCAUAGUCCAGUGAAGGAAACUAUGUAUAAUUGCAAUGUAUUCUUUUUAAUAUUCAUAAUUGCCAUCCAGAAUGUUUAUAAGUACAUGUAUUUUGUAUUCAGCCAGACUUUGACUGUUUUCACUGGUUGUCUUUAUGAAACAAAAAUAGACUAUAUCCAAUACUGUAUGUACAAAUCUUAGUGCUGUACUAUAACUGAACAACAAACUAUAUAUAGUUGGUCCACUUCUCAAAAUUUCAGUCAAAACUUCAUCUCUCUUUCUGUGCAUGGUCUCAAAAAAGAUACUUUCUUUAUAUUUGUAAUAAAUUCAGCAAGGUAUGACAGUAAAAAAAUAAGUGCAUUUUAUAAUUCACGUAAUGUAUAUCAUAUAACAACAUUUGCAUGUUUAUGUGUUAUGAAUUACCUCUAGUUUAAUAGUGUAAUAAGAUCAAUGCAGUACUAGAAGCAGAAUAUGAGGCAGAGUACUCAUUGCAACAUUCGAAUUGAUAUCAGAUGCAAAUGGUUCAUAAUUAAAAGUCACAAUACUCCUAUUUCUGCUAGUCAUUAUACUCAGGAAACUAAUAAGUAACAUAAUUCCUGUUCAAGAGUACUGGGAUUUUACUGAAAUUUGUUUAAUUGCAGACUUCCUAAUCAGGAAUUUGUUUAUAAUUUUAAACUUUAAUUAUUAUACUGUACAGUAUUUCAGGAAUUACCAAAAUGUAUUGUGAAACAUGUACAGUAUACAAAGUUCCUUUUGUUAUACAUAAUUAAUGCCUUUUUGAUACACACUUUCCAGUCCCUUGUAUACUUGACAAUUUGGUAUGCAAAGUUUACAUAAUCUCUUGGCAGUCAAUAAAAACUUAGUACAGUAGUACUGUGUACUGGAAUAUAUCAUCAUCAUUGUUAGGUAUCAUAAGGUGAUGAAUUACCUUUCUCUAAAUGCCAGUCCAACUACCAAUAAUCAAAGUCCAUUAGAAUACCACAGGUCACUUAUUAUAACUCUCCAAACUUCAUUCGUAUAUAUUCUAAGGAAACUUACACAGUAUUACUGUAUACCAUUUUAGCCAUGAUUAACCAGUGACACAAACUUCCUUAAUUUGCCUAAUGCCAUAUGUUAGGUUCAUCAGUUCAUGGUUGCUCUUCCAAAUACAUAUUUAAUAUGUUACUAAACAACUAUUAUUUAAAAUAACCAAUGGGUACUAGGAAUUUUACAGUAAGUGCAUGCGUGCACACUCAGAUAUAUUUGUAAAACUCCAAACACCACUAAGAUUAAAGAAUGAUAAUUGCUUCCAUUAUAUCAGACUUGAUAACUACAAGUUUAAAUGGUGAAUUCAGUAUGUUAAGUUAUACAGGUUAACACAUUCUUUGUAUUUACUGCUGAUCCAAAGAAAUUGUGAUGUUUUAUUGUUCAAUUUUGCACCCGUGGAUAUUUAGGUAUCCUGUGAAAACAGUUACAGUAGUUUAAAAAGUAAUUUGACAGGUUAUUCCCUUUAAUCUUGUAGCUCUAAGUCUUCAGACGGCGUCGGAUUCGCAGCAGUGUUUCCGGACAGCGUCGUGCGGGGGCAUUUACUAUCUUCAGCUAGCAUUUUUACUGCUGAACUGUAUGCCAUUCUUGCAGCACUUAUUCAUAUCGCAUCUAUGCCUGUGUCAUCAUUUGUAGUAGUCUAAGACUCCCUUAGUGCUCUACAGGCUAUACGAAAAUUUUAUACAUCUCAUCCCCUAGUUCUCCGUAUCCAACUUUGGCUACGCCGUAUCUCUACCAAACAUAAUGUUGGGUCCCUGGUCAUGUCGACGUACAGGGCAAUGAACAGGCAGACACUGCUGCGUGGUCAGCAGUACAUGACCUACCAAUUUCCUAUCGAGGUGUUCCAUUUCUGGACUAUUUUGCUGCAAUAGCUACCCACCUUCGCACCCGUUGGCAACAACGUUGGUCAACUCUGCUCGGUAACAAACUUCAUUCUAUUAAACCGAGCAUAGGUUACUGGCCGUCUUCUUGUCAUCAGUGCUGAGGUUGGGAGACCACUCUCUCCCACCUUCGCAUUGGCCACACUCGUCUUACUCGUGGGUAUCUCAUGGAGAGGCACCCUGUUCCUCUCUGUGAGCAGUGUCAAGUUCCAGUAUCGAUUAGCCACAUUCUGUUAGACUGCCCUCUCUAUCAACGAGCACGCAGAAUUUACCUCCAACGUCGUCUUUGUUCUACUACUCUCUCUUUACCUUCCCUUCUUGCUGAUGGACCCUCCUUUAAUCCUGACUCUCUCAUUGACUUCUUGACAACGACUGAUUUACUCCACAAACUCUGAUGAUACUUUUCGCACUCCCCUCAGCCCUUUCUAGUUCAGUCUCUUGCUGCCCUUUACCCUUUCACCAUCCACUACCCCGCUGUUAUUCGUAACCUAUUACUCAUCCAUCUCCCUUUUGCCACCUGAUGCCCUCGCUUCCUUCCUGCCCUGCAGCGCUGUAUAGUCCUUGUGGCUUAGCGCUUCUUUUUGAUUAUAAUAAUAAUAAUUGUAGUUUAUUCAGUCACUGCAUUACCUACCACUAAUGUAACAGUGAGCAAUUGCUCUUUUUAUUAUCAUUUAGAGUAACUAAUCAAGGAUAUUGAAUGUUCUAAAAAACAAAUCUGCAACCAAAUAUUCAAUGUAUUGUACUACUUUACUGUUAAUAUGUCAGACUGGUAUUAUUGGAUUUAUACACCUGCACUGUACAGUAUAACAAACUAAUAUUCUGACAUCUGAUGUCAAAAUAUUAAAUUAUUGAGUUUAAAAUGGUGGCAGUUAUAUUAACUUGCAAGAGAUGCCCUUUAUCUUCUUAAUUCUUUGAGGCCAAAACUGCUAAUUUUUUAGUUUACUUGUAAGGAAGAUUUUUGCUCCCAUACUUAUCUAUGUUAAUAUUGUACAUACACACACAUUAAAAGUAAUUAUCUUAAUUACAACCUUUGUAUAUUUUACAUAUUCUUAUCUAAUGUAAGCGAUGAAUACACAAGAUACUGUGGGAAAAAUUCAUGGCCACUAUUGUGCAUCAGUUAUUUCCUUUAUUGAGUUAUCGUUAGUAGCAGUAAUGCCCAGAAGGCACACAAAGUUGCUUCAGUGUGAAAUAUAAUCUGAAGUUUUGAUACAGCAACAUCAAUUCACAUUGAACAUUGUAACAAUGUUGUGUGCCUGCUGCGUGGCUGACCACUACGAAGUGUACCCUAGAAACUCAGCAAAAUUUACCACCUCUUAUUCCAGAAAAGAACUACGUUUUAUGGCUUAGGGCCUCAGCUGUGGAUGGAAAUGUAUAUUACUCUCAUGAAUUUUUUGCUAAUGCGCAUAUUGCUGUUCAUUAUGAGGAUGAGUGUACUGCCACAGCAGAGAGAAUGUGGCAAGUCCCUCAUUAUCCAUGAUGAUUCAUACAUAAUCAUUUCAUUGUAAAUAUAUGUCAGUAAACACUAAGUUACCAGUCUGCACCUCAACAGGUAGUUGUCAUUGCACACAUUGUAAAACAUUAGAUCAGUAUUGUAGAAAAUGUAAUGCCUCAUGGAUCAAUAUGGAUUUUUGCCUUAAUUUAAUUUUAAGGUAAAAACACAUUUAAAUAAAAUUACUGCAUAUGCAUAAUAUGCUUUAUUUUUGGAGCAUGUGUUAUUUUGAAUUUUGAAAAUAUGGAAUGGGAUAUAAUAAAUACCUGGUAGAUCAUUUUAAUUUUUUAAGUAUUUUUUAUGAAAAGUUGUAGAUUGGAUAUGAAAAAGUGAUUCAGAUAUUUUAAUAUUUUAAUUUUAUGUAGAAGAUUAAUCAGCAUAAAAAAAUAAGUAUAAAAAUGUAAACGACUUGAGUUUUGGGAUUCAAGUGACCUACAUAAGUGUACAUACAAAAAUGUCUUUGUUAAUGCUGAUAAGAGUACUGUAAUAAUGACCCAAUGCAGUUUUCUUACAAGGUAGUAAAGUUAUGAUGUCACACUUGUUAACAAACUCAUGUAACAUACAUAGUGAAGUCAGGGUAUCCUUGUUAAGAUGCUACUCUACUUAAAGAAAUAAUGAUAUCAGAUUUGUUAGCAGCAGCUGUAAUUCAUUGAAGCUAGAAACUUGCCAGAGAGUAGAGUAAAAACUUGUUUUCAUUAAGAAGUUGUCAUGUAAUGUAGUUGUAUUGUAGCCUUACCCCUGUUGACUCUUGUAAACAAGCCCACCACACUGAUAACAUUCUGCUGGCUAACAUACUGGCAUGAACACCUGAGCCCAUAGUUCUGGAGUGUCAUGCAAGACAUAACAAGCGUACUGUACAAAAGACUGUUAUUGGAUAGAAUGGCAUUCUGUUCAGGUAAUCUUGUUAAGAGUUUAUUACAGCAAUUACUUGGAUCCUACAAUCUUAUUUAUGUAUUAUUUUCUUUGAAAGAAGUGAAGAAAAAUCUAUGUGGACAGUACUAUAUAAUCUCCAUCUAGAUCUGCUGCCAAAAUCUUGCAAGUACUGAACCUGGGUUUCAUCCUUGCUGCUUCAAACAAUGGGCUCAGAAUAAACAGUUGUGUCACUUAUUAGUUCUGUUCUUGCACUCUUAAUGUGAAUGGUGUAUAUUUACUGUGAUGAGGGAAGUCUUAUGUCUACUCAUAUGAAAUGUUAUAUAUCUAUAUACUUUCACAUGUAUGGUAUAGUUUAUGAGAAUAUUCUCUACUAUAAUAUGUUAUAUGGCAACUGAGUGAUUAGUGUGAAUAAUAUAACAUUGUAGCAUAACGAAUAUAGUUGUAAAUUAAGUGUCUUCACUAAUAUGUAUGUUAAGGCUAGUAAAACAACAGUGGAGAUACAGAAAAAUCUGAUUAAUAUGAAAUAUAAAUUAAGGACUGUAAUAAAAAGCAAUGAACCAUAUGUAUUAAUGAUUAUUGCUUACAAUAAGGAUCUUCUAUUAAAAUACUCUGAGCCAUUUAAGUAAAACUGGCAUUGUAGGGUCAAAAGACUUAUACUGUUCAUGUUACUUGUCUUGUUAAAUAUGUACUGUGUUGUUUAUUGUGGUGAAGAGAGAUGACAGUUGUAGCAAA